AUGAUGCUAAUGUCGGCUACAUCAUCCGAACAAGAAUUAUUACGAGAAUUAUUACGCAAUUAUGAACCUAGUGUAAGACCGGUUUACAAUGCACAGUCAGUUGUGACAAUUUAUUUUAGAAUGGAUAUUACACAAUUAUUUGAAUUAGAAGAAAAAACUCAAAUAUUAACGACAAAUGUGAGAAUUGAACAGAAAUGGCGAGAUGAAGCUUUGGGUUGGAAUCAAUCGGACUACCAAGGAGUUCGCGGUAUUCGACUACCAUCGCAUCGAAUAUGGCUACCGGAUUCGUACAUAUACAACAGUGCAUUUGAUUUAUCAUUAGAAUCGCCGGGCGCUUAUCAAGGUGUCGUUAGUGGACCCUACGUAAUGGUAUAUUCAAAUGGCGACGUUAUAUAUCCAGUGUUGAUGAAAUUACGAACAACGUGCAAAGUGAAUAUUCAAUAUUUUCCAUUUGAUUAUCAAAUAUGUGCGUUAAAGUUUGCAUCUUGGAUUUAUGAUGUAUCGUCAAUUCAUUAUGAACUACCACCAGUGAAUAAAAAUGAUCAACCGGAAAGUAUCAGAAAUAGUGGAUGGCAAAUACUAAAUGUUGAACAAGGACGCGUGUGGCGAUCAAAAAAUAAUAAGACCUAUGGUGAACUUGUAUAUGGGGUUCAUAUUAAACGGCGUCCAUUGUACUACGUGUUUAAUGUAAUUAUACCUUGUGCCAUGUUGAGUGCACUUACUUGCAUGUCUUUCUGGCUUCCAACAAGUUCGGGAGAAAAAGUAACAUUAGGAUUAACCUGCUUUGUUGCGUUUUCAGUGUUUAUGCUUAUGGUAGCAGAAAAAGUACCUGCAACGUCAGACACGAUUCCAAUUAUAGGAAUUUAUUUGACAAUUGUAAUGAGUUUGACUUCAAUAUCAGUGAUCAUGGCGGUAGUGGUUUCAAAUAUCUACAGUCAGGCAGCGAUGUGUACUACCGAACGUCAUAAAGCACCGUCUUGGUUAAUUAAUUUAGCACUUAUUAAACUACCACCAAUAUUAAAAAUGAAAGAAAAAGUCAAAGCUGUACUUAGUCAAAAAGUAGGUGACUCCAAAAACUGA